GAUGUUCCAGUACCUUGAGCUCAACUCAAAAAUUAGAUUCCUCUGUGCCUGCAAAACACUGUCAACUUUGGCUGUCCGUUCUUGGUUUGAAGACAAUCUCUGUCCAUCAUAGAAAACAUUGAGCUUGAGGAAGAGAUGGAUGUUUGAUGGAGCCAAAUAAGGAGAUGACAGCAGAAGGGAUGGACGGGCAAGCAUGGCCAAAAAAUGUAUGGCAGAAUAGAAUAGAAGAAACUCUCCUUAGGCGAGGGUGGUUGGAACCAUGUCUACAGACAGAGAGAUGGAAAUCCUUUGUGUCCUCUACAUGGCAUGAUCAGUGGGUUGCUGUAUCAUUGGUUCCCAUGCCAACUCCACAAUACAGGCCAGAUAGUAUGUCAACAUGGCAGUCAAGCAAAACCCACCAGUCAGUUUACGAGUUAGAUUCUGCUGGACUCCAUCUGAAGGAGCAGCACCAGCCUCUUCUCCAAACCACUGCAUUGCCACAGCUGAUGCUACAUGCAGAGCACUACUUGCAUUGCCAGUCAAGUGUCUUCCAGUUUGCCAAAACAGUGCUCACGUGACCACCUGGCCACAGAGCUGCCAGAUCCAAGUGCAACACCAACCAUGUAGGAUCACCAAGCACCAUAGUGAGCACCCAGCAGUCACAAAGGUAUCUACUACCAUAUAUUCCCUAAGAAAACUGACACCUUUUUGUAACAUUACCACUCUGAGGCAAAUA